CUUUACUUUAGAAAUAAUUUUUGGUUCUAGAGUUUCACAAGUUCUGGACGGAUUCCUCUGUCGUAACAAACGAUCUUUGAUCUGCAGCCAUGGCGUCGCAGGACGGACUGGCGGCUCUGGGGGUGGAGGGAGCCUCCGCUGCUGCGCACGCGCUGUCUCUGCCUGCAGAAGCGUAUGGAAACGACCCUCGACUGGAGGCGAUGUGGGCGAUGAAGGCCUACAACCACGCGGAGGUCUACUUCAAUCUCAUCUCGUCCGUGGACCCGAAGUUCCUGAAGCUCACUAAGCUGGACGACCGAAUCUACUCCAGCUUCAGGGAGAGCUUCAAAGAUCUGGACGUCAAACAGCUGAAGGAGGACGACCUGAAGUCUGACCAAGCCAAGGAGAGGUGGCGUCCGUUCUGCAACCAGUUCGAGGGCCUGGUGGAGGACUUCAACUACGGCACGCUGCUGCGCCUGGACAGCCAGAAGGGCUACAGCGAGGAGAACAGCAUCUUCUCCACCAGGGUGCAGUUCUUCGCCAUCGAGAUCGCCCGCAACAGAGAAGGCUGCAACGACGCGGUCUUCAGGUCCAAAGGCCCGCCCAGCUGACGGACCGGGUCGGACCUCCAGCGGUUCUGGUGGACGUCUACGAUUCGGCGUUCACACAACAUCCUCGUUUCUUCAUUGUUGCAGCCUCAGACCUUCAGACAGGAAGUGACAUCACAAACUUUCUCCUCACGUGAAAGCGCCGUGCCUGUUUUUGCUUUUUUGAAACAAAGAAAAUAAAAUCUGAAUCUGUCGUCUGA